AUGUCCCUCAGUGCCGAUACCAUGUCCAGUCUCAACUGGAUUGAUUAUGGAGCGCUCGAGCAAAAGAUGAUCAACUCAACGCCCGAGCUGUGCUUUCUCGCAUCAUCAGCGCGAGAGAGCAAUACACAUACGUGCCCCGAAGCACUGUCACCGAGAAGCAUCGAGCCCAUCGAGCCCGCCGAACCCAUCGAACCCAACGAGCCCGAGCUCAUCGAGCCCAUCGGACCUACCGAACCCAUUAAACGCAUCAGAUGCAUCAAGCCCAUUGAGGGCAUCGAGAUCGAGGGUAUCGAAAACAUCGAAAGCAUCGAAGACAUCGAAAUCGAGCACAUCAAGCAAGUCAAGCAGCUCAAGCACAUGGUCGACUACAUUAAAGACAUCGAGCGCAUCAAACGAACCGAGCACAUCGAGCGCAGCGACCACAUCGAGCCUACCGAACGCGUCUGA